CAAAACCUCCAUUACCCCUCUUUUCAACCCAAAACCCUAAUUAUCAAAUUACCCCUUUUUAUCUCUUAUGAACUUGAAUCUUCCCGUACAAUUCAGCAUAAACCCCUGAAGAAACCCUUUCUAACCCUCUAACCCAUCUGGGUAUUUCUUAAUUUGGGGUUCCCCCCUUUUUUAUUUAUAAAAAUUUGAACUUGUUACUUGUAUGAAUGGCUACGGGGACAAUUGAAGGUGAAGAGUCGAAGAACGAUAAGUUUUAUGCCAGGAAAAUCCACAGCGAACCCCAGAAUCCCACUUCUCAGCAACCUCUAGCCACCACCACCACUUCAGCUGACGAUAACAACUCCCAGCAUCAGCUGCCACUCCAACCUUCCGAUGCCGUGGCGUCGGAUGAUUCGUCUAGUCGUAAACGGUCGCGGCAAAGCGCGAAGAAUGCUACCAAUGGGAUUGCAACAUCUGGGUACGUAAAAUAUGAUAACCUUGUUAAGAUUGACUUGAAUGUUUUAUCGAAGAAUGAAGUUAGAGUUUUGAAAAGGAAGUUAGCUACUGAACUUGAGGAAGUUAGGGAUCUAGUUAAGAAAUUUGAGGCAGAAGAAAGUAGGUUUAAUGGGGUAUAUGCAUAUUCACGGGUUUCAGGGAAUGAGAAUGUUGAUAGAGGCUGCGGAAGUUUAGUUAGAGCGAAUUCGGAUGUUGGUUCCGUAGGAUUGCCUAGUUCGAGGUCUUUCCAUGGAUUAUCCGUGUCGAUGGCAGAGCCUGAUCAUAGUAACAACGAUGAUGGUGGUGGGAGAAUGGGUGUGAAGAACGAGAAGAGAAACCCGAAGGCAAAUCAGUAUUAUAAUAAUUCAAAGUUUGCUCUAAGGAAGGAGAAGUUGAAGCCUAUAGAGAGUAAUAAGAAGAUGAAGCCGAGUGGUGGGAAGAGUAAUGGGGGUCAAAUGAGAGGUGGGAUUACACCGGAUAAGUUUUCCAGUCAGUUGUUUAAGAGAUGUAGUAAUUUGUUAGGGAAGUUAAUGAAGCAUAAGUUUGGUUGGGUGUUUAAUAAGCCCGUGGAUGUGAAGGGACUUGGGCUGCAUGAUUAUUAUACAAUUGUUAAAUGUCCUAUGGAUUUGGGUACAGUGAAGACUAGGUUGAACAAAACUUGGUACAAGUCACCUAGGGCGUUUGCGAAGGAUGUUAGACUAACUUUCAGUAAUGCAAUGCUUUAUAACCCAAAAGGACAGGAUGUACAUAUUAUGGCAGAAAACUUAUCUCAGAUAUUUGAAGAAAACUGGGCAGCUAUAGAAUUGGAGUAUAAUCUUAAAAGAAGGUGUGAAAGGAUUCAUGAUUACAGUUCGCCAAAUCCCACUUCAAGGAAACUUCCUGCUCCGGUUCCGCCACAGGCUUCAGUUCCGAUUCAAACUCUUGCUCCUUCAUCGCUAUCAUUAGAGGUUAGGACUUCGGGGAGACCAGAAUCCAUGACAAUGCCCGAUGAUCCGAAAUCAAGAGCUGUGGACUUGACUCCUACUGGUAAGAUUGCAGUACCAAAGAAACCCAAGGCAAAGGAACCUGAUAAGAGGGAUAUGACGUAUGAGGAGAAGCAGAGACUCAGUGUAAACCUUCAAAACUUACCUUCAGAGGAACUUGAUAGCAUUGUCCAGAUUAUCAAGAAGAGGAACCCUGCACUUUUCCAGCAAGAUGAUGAGAUUGAGGUGGAUAUUGACAGUUUUGAUCCAGAAACACUUUGGGAACUUGAUAGAUUUGUGACCAACUAUAAGAAGGGUUUGGGCAAAAGCAAGAGAAAAGUUAAAGUUCCUCUUCAAGCAAAUUCUGGAGAUGGUCACAAUGUUCACGAGACUAAUCUGGAACCACUUGCUGAAGAGGUACCAAAAGUAGCUGAAACAGAAGAGAAGAUUGCUCCAACGUCUCCUGUUCAUAGAGAAAAACUACAAAAUAACGAGAAUGGAUCAAGCAGUUCUAGCAGCGGCUCUGGAUCGUCAUCAACUGACUCUGACAGUGAUAGUUCAUCAGGGUAAGGUGACCCUGUCUUUUAAUGGACUUAACUAAGGUGAACAUCAAACACGAGGCUGAUUCAGUAUCAUUACAAGUAGCAAUCAAUGAUUCUGCUUAGCAUUUCUGGAGGACCUGAUCGAACUGUGUAACAGACCAAUCUGAAGGAGAUGAACGGCAUGCGACUCAACUUUUUGAAAAGCUGGUUCUUUCAGUUGCAUCAUGCGGGCCUGGUAUUCAGUUUUUCGAAAUUGUUAUGGCAAGGUUUUUCUGUAGGUCAUGACACGUUCUAUACCUGUUAACUGCUUAUCUCUUAAUGGUAUCCCUUCAUUGCAGACCUCAAUC